AAUCCGGGAAGGAGAUGGAGAGGGUUUAAUUUGGAUCUCCGCCAAAAGAGGGAGAAUCAGUAGACGCUCUUCCUCGCCAUCGUUCGAUCACGUCCCGGAGCCGGCGACAAUCGCUGGACGGACGGCUACGCACCAGCACUACCGCAGUUGGCCGUCCAGGCGAGUUGCCCGUCGAGAAGAUGGGCUCGAGCGGAGCCGACUCGGCGGAGGAGGCCGUCCGUCUCCUCCUGCACGAGGCGCAGAGGCUGCGCUACAGGAUCCAGUCCCUGGCAUCCGUCCUCAGGGAAUCCAACUCCGGCGUCCCCGUCGUCUCCCCGGACAAGGCCAAGACGCUGCUCCUCGUGUCGCGCGCACUCGCCAGCAUCUCCGGGGACAUAGCCAGCAAGCAUGGAUCGCCAAAUCCACGCAAAUCUGCUACCGAGGAGGACCAAGUUUCUUCCUACAAAGAGCACCGCGCCGGCUGGAAAUCUACGUGGGGCGGCCCCAUUGGAAACACCGGUGGCUUCCAUGAUAUAAGUAAGCAAGAGUUCAUAUGCAUAUACUAACCCCUGAUUUCCUUCUUGUAUACAGGCGAAGGUUUCACUUGGCUUGGUUUAGCAAUUCAUUCAAGCUAGAUUUCUAACCGUUUCAAAAAAAGUUGAAUCUCUAACCAUAACGCACUUGACUUUGGUGCUGCAGCUACACUGAGUCCUAUGCACUUCACGCGCCGGGUGCCUGUUAACAUCCCCGACUACUUUUACGUCACCCCAGCUUUGCAGAUCUACUCCUUCAAAAUUUUUAGACUAAAUGAAAACUUGAACUGGCCGCUCCACGUGUACGGUGUGGUCGCUGCUCGAGACGAUGUAGACAGUAACCGCAACCUUCUCUUCUGCCGGUCGAGGGCUAAUUACCAAGUACUCACUGAAAAGGAUCCUUUUCUGCGCUUGACCGGCCCUUCCUGUGCAAUUCAAGCUAAGGCACCUGUUGACUUUGAAGUCGAACUGAAGAUAAAAUAUGGAACCGAGUCCCAAGAUAUAGCAUUCUUCUGUUCUACCAACCAUCACCAUAUGCACCAUCAUACCGCUUGGUUCCCCGGUUCCUCUUGUGAUGGAGAGCUAAGCCUUCAAACAAUUGGUAGAGCGGUUCAGGCCACUGUCCUGGGUGUUUGCGUACUUGAAGGUGGGCCGCCUUUUGAAUAUGGAUGUCGAGUCGCUUGCUCCCUAUCAUCUGCAGAGCUUAUUGAGGAUCUCCCGUCGAACCAAGUUGUGUUGCUUGAUUGUCACGGUGAACAAAUUCCUGUAGAAUCAGAUGGUUAUCUUACUCUAUCAAGGAAUGUUGUCACCGCAGAAUUACAAGGAACACUAAAAGUUGUCAUCCAAGCAUACGCGGAAUCUGGUGCUAUUGCUGGACAGGGGGAUGUCGAUUUCCCUUCCCAACAUUGCCAGAUGAGUAGGGGUGUGUGUUUUGUUGGCAACUCUAAGGUGGAGAUUGUUGUUGCUUGGUCUCUUCUUGUCGAGGAUAAGCUGGAUAUCUUGUAGGAGGAUUAUACCGCCUCUUGGUGUGUGUAUAUAUACCAACUUUUGUGUAUGAAUUCAAGCUAUU